UCAAAAUACAAGUGGAAAUUGUGUCAUGAAAGAAAAUAGAAUUCAUAGUGUAUUUGGUGACUGCAUAAGAAGUUUUUUAUAUAUUAUAUACAUAUAUUUGCUCACUAAUGGUGAAUCGAUUAUUAAAAACUUUGAAAGAAUCAAUUUUUUGUAAAUUUUCUUCGAUUUUAUUAUCGCAUUUUAUUUAUUUAUUUUUUACAUUCCACCAUAUAUAAUUUGUGAAGUGUUUGUAUAGUAUUUGCUAAAGCUAUUUUUAAAUAUCCAUUCUGUCCAUAAAAGUAACAUCAUCUGGCAAACUGCCUAAAUGAACAAGCCAACAAAAAACAAUCCGCAAAAAAGUCAUGUAAAAUGUGCCAAUAACAUAUUGUUGUGAGGCUAAAUUAUGAUAUUAUUAUAAAAUGGAGUGGUAUCCUGAAGAAGAUGAGGAAGAGUUGAUGUAUUCACCAGCUUUAUUGGCAAGAAGGGCAUCCGAGAGCUGGAUCAUUGAGCCACCGAUAGAGAGCACUCCUAUAAAUGUAACUCUGCAACGGAAGAAGUCGUUACCUGAUUUUCAGGACCUGCCCCGUGCUACGGAAGCUAUGAGUCGUGAGGAAGUCUCUGCACUGGGUUCGGCGAGACGUGAAGCUGUGCGGCGCCAAAUACAAAUCAAUGAAAGACUAAAAGCAAAUCCUUUAUUGUACAUUUUUAGUCCACAAGUUAAGGAUUGGUUUUCUCGUCAACAAUUGGUGCUGCUUGUACUUUUCCUGAAUAUUAUUUUAGGUUUAAUUUUCGUGAAAAUGUUGACAUAGCAAAAAUAAUUAGGUGUCAAUACAUAUAAGCAUGAUCGGUUUUAAUUAAUAUUUUAAACUACUUAAGAUCAUAUACGAAGGAUUCAUAUGUUAUUGUCUAUAAAAAUUGAGAAAAAUAUCAGUUUGAUCCAAGAGUCGAAAGUGGUAUUAAACGUGUAUAUUACAAACUUUAACAA